AUGAAACUUACAGUAAUCUUGGUUCUCUUUUCGGUACUUCUCGUUGCUGUGGUCCAAGCAGCUCCUGUUGGACCAAACGUGCACUUGCUCGGAGUGCGAUUCAAGGAUUUAUAUGCUGCAAAGGUGGUACAAUUGAAGAAAAUUCACGAAUCCUACACCUCCGAGAUCGACCAACUUAACAAGGAACUACCAGGAGCCGCAGCAAAGGAUGGCGCAAAAAUUCGACCAUUAGAAGCGGAUUUGGUACCAAACUAUAAAUAG